GCGGUUGCGGUUGGAGCGGUGCGGCGUCACCGGGGACUCCACGUCCAGACGCAGCACCAGGACGACGACGACGCCGGCGUGCGGCUGCAACGCGCGUUGUGCUGGAGGACAACAGUGCAGUGAUUGAGUUGGAGCAGUGUGUCAGUGACGCCCACUCUCGGUGGCGUGCGCCGCGCCGCGCCGUCUGUGACGCAAGACGAAACAACGUUGGGCAACGCGGGCACGGCGCUAGGCCUGGCUGUCUGGCCUGGGUCUGGGUGCGCUCUGCCCGGCUCUGCCUCUCUGCCGGCAUCGUCGGCCACCUCGUGCCGGUCUGGUCGUGCGGAGCCGCGCGCUUUGGUCGCGUCUCUCGGCGAAGACAGCAUCGACGCCGUCGUCCUGCCGGGCCGGGCCGGGCCUGCCGGGGCUGCCGGAGAGUUGAACGCACGGCCGCUCCACACGGCGGACGGCAGCAGCCGAGGCAGCGCAGCGCGGCGGGGCAUUCCUGGACUAGGCUGCAGGGCUACAGCCAUCGCAGUGCCCCCGCCACGCCGCGCCACGCCGCGCCACGCCACGCCACGCCACGCCACGCCACGCCGCCGCCCGCCAUGCGUCCGUGAGGCAGUCAUGAGGCGCCCAUGAGGUCCUCGCCCAGGAACCAUGCUCAGACCGCCAGGAUGCCGGCUCGGCCGUGGACGCGACUGGAGGCGGUGCCUGCUGCUGCUGCCCGUGCUGGUGGCGGCGCUGUGGCUGCCGCUGCUGCUGCUGUGGCUGCGCUCCCAGGACGCGCUGCUCUCCCAGGACGUCCUGCGGCGGGGCCGCGCCAGCAGGGACGACUGGAUCGCCGUCAGACUCGGCGAGGACCAGCGCGAGUACGUGGACCGCAAGGGCAUCCACGUGGUGGUGGGCCACUACCUGGGCGAGGCCGCCGCCAGCCCCUCGCUCAACCUCACAGAUGAGCUGGUGAACAAGAACGAGUUCUCGCCGGUGCCGCACGACGGCAAGGAUGGCAGCCCGGUGCAGAUCCCCGCCCACCUGCAGUCCCGCAUGCAGGCCCUGUUCCGCAUCAACCGCUUCAACCUCAUGGCCUCGGACCGCAUCCCGCUCAACCGCUCCCUGCCCGACGUGCGCAAGAAGAAGUGCCAGGCCAAGGAGUACCCGCUGGCCGGGCUGCCGGACACCUCCGUCAUCAUCGUGUUCCACAACGAGGCGUGGUCCACGCUGCUGCGCACCGUGUGGUCCGUCAUCAACCGCAGCCCCCGCCAGCUGCUCACCGAGAUCCUGCUGGUGGACGACGCCAGUUCCAGGACGUUCCUGCAGCACGACCUGGACGAGUACGUGGCGACGCUGCCCGUGGCCGUGCGCGUGCUCCGGUCCCCGCAGCGCAUCGGGCUGGUGCGCGCGCGGCUGCUCGGGGCGCGGCAGGCGCGGGGCCGCGUGCUUACGUUCCUGGACGCGCACUGCGAGUGCACGCAGGGCUGGCUGGAGCCGCUGCUGACGCGCGUCGGCGGCGACCGCACGCGCGUCGUGUGCCCCGUCAUCGACAUCAUCAGCGAUGACACGCUGGCCUACGUGCGCUCCUUCGAGCUGCACUGGGGCGCCUUCAACUGGGAGCUGCACUUCCGCUGGUACACCAUGGGCGGCACGGAGCUGCGGCGGCGCCGCGGUGACGUCACCGAGCCGUUCCGCACGCCUGCCAUGGCCGGUGGCCUGUUCGCCAUGGACCGGGAGUACUUCUUCGAGCUGGGCGCCUACGACGAGCAGAUGGAGAUCUGGGGCGGCGAGAACCUGGAGCUGUCCUUCCGCGUCUGGCAGUGCGGCGGCUCGGUGGAGAUCGCGCCCUGCUCGCACGUCGGCCACCUGUUCCGCAAGUCGUCGCCGUACACCUUCCCCGGCGGCGUGGGUGACGUGCUGUACACCAACCUGGCGCGCGUGGCCGAGGUGUGGAUGGACCGCUGGGCCGACUUCUACUUCCGCUUCAACCCGGACGCGGCCGCCUUUCGCCCCAAGCUCAACGUGACCAAGCGCGUGCAACUGCGGGAAAGGCUGCGGUGCAAGGGCUUCGAGUGGUACCUGGACAACGUCUGGCCGCAGCACUUCAUGCCCAAGGACGACCGCUUCUUCGGCAAGAUCCGCAACGUGCGCACGGGCGAGUGCCUGGUGAAGCCCACGGGCAAGGGCAGCCUGAACCAGCCCAUGGGCACGGCGAUGACGUCCAGCUGCGGCGGCGACGACGACCUGGACCUCAUUCGCAUGUUCGUCAUGACGCCGCAGGGCGUGGUGGCCACGGACGAGUCCGUCUGCCUGGACGCGCCCGAGUCCCAGACGCAGCGCCAGGGCCAGCGCCAGGGCGAGAAGCCGACGCGCGUCACGCCCAGGGCCAGGAUCAUGGCGUGCAGUGGCCGGCCGCGGCAGCAGUGGAAGUACGACCGGGAGGAACAAACCCUGCGGCACGUCCCGAGCGGCCUCUGCCUGGACUCCCCGGAGAACAGCGACGAGGAGGACUCCAUCCUGGUGCUCACGGACUGCAGCGCCGCGGUCGGCCAGCAGUGGACCCUGGAGAAGGUGCCCUGGAGCUGAUGGUGUGGGCUGUCCUGGCCUGUCCGGGGCCAGUUGGCCAGUUGGGGGCAGACGCGGCCGGCGUCGCGUCCUCGAUGAUCGGCGCUGCCUGUGCCUGCCUGGCGCUGUGAGCGCCGGGCGAUAACUUCUGUGAUCUCGCAUUCGUGCAAUCAGUGGACCACUCGGUGGGCCAUGUGGGGAGAUAUAGCGGGGUGUCAAGUUUGACACGCGUUGCUCGGUAUCGGGUCAAGAGCGCGGGAACGUGUUUGGUUUUUCGUUUUGCGUCGUCGGCGCGCGUAACGCGAGGUGCACGCGUCGAAGGUGUUGCCUACCCGGCGGGAGCAGUCUGUCCUAGCGCUGCCCUCGAAAGCGCUCACUCGGGACGAGCUGGAAGUUGCAGCACCUGUCUGCAGCGCACUCCUCGAACAAGCCAUGAUACUUACACCACCGACGAAGUGAGGGAAACGGUCCCAAUUUGACCGCGAUAAGCACAACCGAUGAGAUUCCUAGGGAAGUGGCCAGUGGAGUAGUUUUAUUUAGAGUACGACUUUGCCUAUGAUGUGAUCACAUUUUAAGUGCAAUUCUCACAAUUUUAUGUGAGUGACUGAAAAUAAGCUUAUCACUGUGUGAGAGCAGUGCGUGUUGUAGAGGUAUUCUGCCUUCUGUGAUAGAAAAUACGUCGCAACUGUACGACUUUGCAAAGUUACGACUUGCUUUUUUAAAAUAUUGUCUUCUUGUGAUAUUACUUUGAUCAAAUAUUGAAUGUGUGUGGAGUUUGACUACUUGAUACUUGGUGCUCCCAGAGUCACGAAGUUAUAAUUGUCAAAAUUUACUGAGGCAUGGUGAGGAGAUUGGUCCACUAUUUCAUUUUUAUGUUUUUAUUCCCUAAACAAACACCCAACUCAUCUCACCAAAGUCCUGAUAAAAUGCAACCUCAUAAUUUUACUUGUAUGUUCAAAUUUUAGACUUGUAAAUAUUUCAUGGACAUUUCAGAAAGAAAAUUCUUGAAAUAUUUGUAAGGGACCGCUUUACUGUUAUUUUGACAAAAAUAAAAACAGAAAAGAACAGUAGAAAUAAGAUAACAUGAAA